UUGCUCUCGGGUGCGCCCGGGUUCGAGCUGCGGAAAAACUUGGUACUUUCCAAUUGGCUGCAAUGGCGGAGGUGGCCCGUAGCCCAUUGGCUGCUGCCGCCCCGGCUCUGCCCGGCGUGGAAGCUGAGGGAGCUCCCGAGCGUCAGUGUUGCCCCAAGCCGUGAGUGCGGUGCGGCACGUCACGCCUAGCCACUUACCGCGCGUCGCUUUAUCUAAGGUAGCGGUGGGUGGAGGCGCGGAGUUACGGCGGAAGUGAGGCGGCCGGGAGGGGAGGCGACAGGGGCGCCCGGGGCGCCCUGUCCGGGGCGUUUUCCGGAGCUGCUCCGGGCAGCGGGGCGGCGGAGGCCGGCGUGGAGGUCGGGGGUGGCGGACCCCGGCGUCCGGGCGGUGCAGACCUUACAAGUGAGGGAGGAAAAAGGAAAAAAGAAAAAAAAAAAAUGGAAGGCCUGCCUGAUGCUGCUGACUUUGCAACUAGACUUAAAAACACUCUCAUCCAGUAUCAUAGCAUUGAAGAUGAUAAGUGGCGAGUUGCCAAGAAAAUGAAAGAUGUAACAAUUUGGAGAAAACCUUCAGAAGAAUUUAAUGGAUACCUUUUCAAAGCCCAAGGUGUUAUAGAUGACAUCGUCAAUAGUGUAAUAGACCAUAUACGCCCCGGUCCCUGUCGCUUGGAUUGGGACAGCUUAAUGACUUCAAUGGAUAUUUUGGAACACUUUGAAGAGAAUUGCUGUGUGAUGCGUUAUACUACUGCUGGCCAGCUUUGGAAUAUAAUUUCCCCAAGAGAGUUUGUUGAUUUCUCCUACACUGUGGGCUAUGAAGAAGGGCUUCUAUCCUGUGGGGUAAGUCUUGACUGGAGUGAAAAGAGACCAGAAUUUAUUCGUGGAUAUAACCAUCCCUGUGGUUGGUUUUGUGUUCCGCUUAAAGACAAUCCUCACCAGAGUCUUUUGACAGGCUAUAUUCAGACGGAUCUGCGUGGGAUGAUUCCGCAGUCUGCAGUCAACACAGCCAUGGCAAGCACUUUAAUCAACUUCUAUGGUGAUUUACAAAAAGCCUUACAAAAGGCAUAAUAUGUUUAAACUUGUAGUAUAGUAGACCCCAGAGUCAACUUUUGCUCUCAGCUGCGUGGCCUGUAAAAAUCAUCCUUUCCUCUCCUCCAUGUAGCCUGUGGAAACAUUUGAGAUGAUUUGUUGGUUUAUUUUAUUCCCAAACUAAAUAGUUAUCUAAGAGAGGGCAUUUCAGUUUUCUUAAAUAGUUAUUUGCACAGUGUUUGGUACAGCAGUGUGUCUGAGCAUGGGGAGUAUGACAGAGAUCCAUGAAGAAGUAGGUAUACUUCUUUGACCUAAACUCUUUAGAAACUGAGUAGUGACUCAGUAUGAAUAUUUUGCCUGCUUGGAAAUUAGAGAAAGCAUAAGCUUCAUGCUAUUAGUUAAAAUCAUCUAUUUUAGAGGUUUAUGAACAUUUUAUAAGUUUUAACUUUUUCUGGAAGUUAAAUAUUAGUGUUUUACUUUGGUAUGCUAUAUGAGUUUGUCAAUAUCUUGGACAAAAGAAAAAAGCUGUUUAUAUUUUGUAAAGGUGAUUUUCAUUGUCAGUUGACUUGCACUACUUUAUAAGUAUUGAAAAAAUCAGAAAUAAAAAUAAAGUAACUAUAAAUACAAUUCAAAUACAAUUCUGUUUUGAUACCUAGAUAACAUUAUUUUGUGGAUAUCUUUAAAAAUGUAUUUGUGUCUUUCUGUGAGUUUAUUUUGGAAGUCUUAAAAAGCAUUUAUGCAUGGAUAAGACAGUACAAAACUGCCAAAUGUGUGCUGGGGACACCACAUUGAUUGGGUUGUGUGAAAGGGUUGGGGGUAUCCUCUAUUCACCAACAGAAAAUUAUCUGUCUAUAAAGUCAAAUUCAGUGAAUGUUUUCUUCAUGUUUCAUUUUUUUUAAAGAUAAGCCCUCAAGAAAUAGCUUUAAUUCUGAGAAGUAUCUGAUAUUCUUUAGGAAAAUAAUGAGAUUUUCAGUCUUUCUCAUUUGACCCAUGUUCAUGUUUCAAAGUAUCACUCACCUCAUAAAGUAUUACUGACUACAUCAUAAACAUUGUGACAGAUCUUCAUCUGGUGCUUUAACAAAUGCAUUCAUAGAUUUAUCCACAUGCCUGGAUGAGUCAUUUUAUAACUAGCAUGGAUGAGAAUAGGUCCCUUGAGUCUAGGGCUGCCUUAAAUGAACAUUCCUGAAUAAUUUUAACAUUCCAAAUGAUUCUUUGGCUUUUGAACUAACCACCUGGUUUACUUUUAAAAUGAGAUCUUGAGGCAACUCAUUCAGUGUAGCCAUGAAGAUGUGUGUAUUUAUGUUCGUGUAUGGGCACACGUUUUGAAAUCUAUCUUCGUGUUCAGUGUGAGUUCUUUAUGUGGUACUAUUACUGUUUCCAUCAUUUGUUUCUCCUUCUCCUCCUCCUCCCUUCCUCCUCUCUCUCCUCCUCCUCUUUUUUUCUCUUCUUUCUCCUCCACCUCUCCCUCCUUCCUUCCCUUACUCCCCUUCUUAUUCUCCUUCUCCUUUUUCUCCUUUUUGAUUAAUAUAUUCCAGUGUGCUGUCUAGGAUGGCAAAAUACCAGCAGAUGUCCAGUUACAGGGUGCCCAGAUUGUGUGAGGGAUUUGUGAUUAGAUUGCCUGAACUGGGUACCCCCAAAGCAAAUAAACUGUCCACUCAGCAACUCUAAUGUUCUCUUUGUCCUUUUCAACUUAUACCUCCAAUUAGUGAUUACAUAAUCCACUGUUGAAUUGGACCCAUUGCACAUAAAAGGACACUCAUGGAAACAUUUUUAUUGCAAUAUUGAGUCAUAUGAUAGUUUGAGAAAUAGUAUUUGAAUUACCUGAAAUGUAUAUGCAGCUUCUAGAUGGCACUUUAGAUCUGCUACAUUCUAGCUGUACUUCUUUUUUUUUAACAGCCUUAUUGAAAUAUAAUUUACAUGCUAUACAACUUACUGGUUGUAAGUAUACAAUCCAGUAAUUUUUGAAUACAUCUAUAAUUGUGCAGCCAUCACCACAAUCCAGCUUUAGAACAUUUCCAUCAACCAAAAAGAUCCCUUUGCCUGUUUGCAGACUCAUAUCUAACCAAAGUUUAGCAUAGUUGCCAGCAUACAGGGGAUGAGAAGGAUUACAGCAGGUUUUAUUUGGUUUUGUUUUUAAGAGUAGAUUCUAAGUUCAGGUACCUCGUGGUAAUAUUUUAAAUAUGUUACCUGAAAUACCAUAAUUAUACAAAAAUUUAAUAAUAUGGGUUGGGAUUACUAUUAACAUAUAAUUGAGUCUGCUUUUUCUGUACAGUGCUGUAGAAGAAUGGAAAACUAAUGUGAGCCGUAUAUAUAAUUUAAAAUUUUCCAGUGGCCACAUGAAAAAGAUAAAAAGAAACAGGUGAAGUUAAUUUUAAUAAUGUAAUUUAUUUAACUCAGUAGAUCCCAAACAUCAUUUCAACAAAUAAUCAGUGUGAAAACUCAAUAAGAUAGAUUACAUUCUUCUUUGUUACUAAUUCUUUGAAAUCUCGUGUGUAUUUUACUUACUUGGAUUAGCCACAUUAAAAAAAAAUUUUUUUUAAAUCUUUUUUAAAUCUUUAUUUAAAUCUUUUUAAAUUUUUUUAAAUCUUUAUUUAUUUUUAAGAGGGGAGCGGGGAGGGGUAGAGAGAGAGGGAGAUAUAGAAUCCAAAGCAGGCUCCAGGCUCUGAGCUGUCAGCACAGAGCCCGAUGCGGGGCUCAAACUCACAGAUUGUGAGAUCAUGGCCUGACCUGAAGUCAGACACUUAACUGACUGAGCCACCUAGGUGCUCCUUGGAUUAGCCACAUUUUAAGUGUGCAUUAUCAACAUUGGGCCAGUGGCCUGUAUUUAAUAGCACAGUUCUCUAGUAUAUGUAUUAAUUUGUGUUUUUAUAAUAUGAAGUAUUGAAUUUCAUGGAAUUGCUCUCUUAAAUACAAAAUUUUUUUCUAAUCUCUGGAGCCUUCAAUGCUUGCUAAAUGGGGACUUCUGAACAUUAGAAAUAAAUCAGUUUGUAGUUGUUAAUAAUACAACAAUUAUAGCCAAAAAAUGUUUUCCUUUAAAUAUAAUUAAUUUUUGUAGGGCAGUUAAUGAAACAAAAAAUAUAAUCUGCCUUGUUAGGUGGUUGAUUAUUUUUCUCUAGCUUAUAGCUAGUUUGUAUUAGAAACACAUUUACACAGGGAACACUUGGCAUAGUACUGUUUUCAGUACUUGUUACCUACUUUUUUAAGGACAUUAGUUUCAUACAAAAAAAUAAUAAUUUAUCAUAACUGAUACUUUUGGAUGAAGUAUUAGUUUGCAUUGAUAACUAACUCUUGAUUAACCCUUGGAGUUUAACACAAUACUUAGCAAAAAUAAUUGCAGGAAUUUACUGGUUGCAGUUAUGUAUAAUAUGAACUGCUAGAGUGUUAAAGAGAGAUUGUAAAUGUUAAAAAUCUCUUCAUUUUACUGUUGACUGAUGUUGGAUGUAUUUGAAAUUGUAGAUUUCUACAUGUAAGAUUAUCUCCCAAUAAAAAUAAUUUUCUUUUUCUCCCUCCUCCCUCUUUCUUUAUUAACUGAAGGACAAAGUAUCAAUACUCAGGUUGAAUUAAAUUCACAUCUCAGACAAAAACCUCUGUAACUGAGGUUGCCUCUGGAGAAGAUGGGAAAACAUUGCACAGUUUAAGCCUUUAAUUAUUUGUUGAGCUUUUAGGUAUGAGUAAUUCCCUUUGAUGUAAACAAAAACUUUACCUGUUUACUCAAGAGCACACUAGCACCCUUAGAAUCAGUGGUUAAAAUCCAGAUCCUUUUACUUACAGGGAUUCUGCAGGUAUCCCAACCCAAUGGAUAAAUCAUGGAAUCCAGAGAAGUUAGGGGACUUGACCAGGUUUCCAUCAGAA